AUGUGUGAUGAAUCAACGUUCUUGGACGAUAGUUUUCAACCCGACAUCCUUACGCCAAAAGCGAUUGCCAUGCGAAAAAUUGAAUUUAUUUGUGCAGACGUGAAAGAACAAAGAGAUCGUGGCGAUGAAAGAAUUGUAAUGCGAACUGGGCUGACGGUUGACGAUAAAUGUCUGAAAUAUUCGAAUAAAACGUACUUGAGAUUGGAAAUGGAUUUGAUGUGUUUAUUGCAGAUUUAUGAUUUAUUAUUUAAUGAUAAAAAAUCGACAAAGCGAGAAUUGUUUUAUGAAAGAAAAGAUGUUUAUAGAAAUCAAGGUGUUGCGGAUAGAUGUUUACAAAGAUUAUGCACACUUUUGGAAGAAACUAGAGCAAACUUAAAUAUUGUAAGUCCUCUUGAAUAACAUAGUUUCAUAGAAAAUUUCUAGCUCUCCUGCUCAAAGGGAAUUUUGCGCGGCCCGGUUUCUUUUCUCACUCAAUCAAUUGGUAUUAUCGAUGGAAAAACUCAAAAUAUUUUACUUUCUGAAGAAUUAUCCGAUUGUUCGAUUAUAAAUGAUGCUCGCUUCAUUUUAGUAAUCGAAAAAGAGUCGAGUUUCCAGAAAUUAUUGGAUGAACGCUUUUUCUUUUUUAUGCCCGAUUGUCUUUUGGUUACUGUGAGUUUUUUUGUUGUUGAAAAAAAAAGAUGAAAAUUAAUUAUUUAGGGUAAAGGAUAUCCCGAUAUUUGCACCCGUCUGGUUUUGAAAACAUUGGUUGAUAAAUUGAACAUUCCGAUUUUUGGAUUAUUUGAUGGAGAUCCACAUGGUUUGUUUUUUUGUAAAAUUUUGAAACGCAAUUCAGCUUCCCCAAAAAAUUAACUUUUAAAAUUAUCAAAUUUUUUAAAAAGCUCAGAAUUGAAAAAUAUUCUGGUAAUAAUAAUAAUAAAGAGAAUUUGUCAAGACGGACCUGAAAAACAAAAUUUUGCAGGUAUCGAAAUCUUCCUGACAUACAAAUUCGGUUCUUCCAAAAAUCAUUCCGAAUCUUCUGACGCAUUUAUCCCGGAUAUUGAAUGGAUUGGAGUAUUUCCAUCAGAUUCCACAAGAUUUCCAAUAUUUCCCGAUCAACUUUUGCCACUUUCAAAAUUGGAUGUCACAAAAAUCGAAACAUUGAAAAGUCGAGCAUUUCAGUUGAGUGAAAUUGAAAUUUGUCAUGAAUUGGAAUUUAUGCGAGAUUUUGGGAAGAAAAUUGAAAUUGAAGCGAUAAGUGGAUUAGGAAAUGGUUAUUUGGCGAGAGAAAUUAUUUAUCCGAGAAUUUUGGAUGCUUUUUCCCGGCGAACGUGUACAAAUUUUCAGUUUUAA